CGCAAAUUCGUUUUGAUUGCUGUUAGGAUCAGCAAAUCCGUCCUUUUCACUACUCGGAGCAGCAAAUUCGUUCUUCGGUCUGAUUCAUCCGAUCUUAAAUUAAACAUAUAUGAAGUGUCUUAUUUUGCGAAAGCGAUUUAAGGGGUUAAUUUUCAAGCUUUGUUCUUCAGUAGAGGAUCGAAAGACACUUAUUUCUCCUGGGGGCGAGACAUUCAGUUGUAAUGAUCUUGUUUCAGAAAAAUUUCAUAAACCACACGAAGGGCUAUUGCAUCUGGUAUGAUCAGUGUACCACUGGCGAUAAACCACUCAACUGCUUCUAUAACGGACCAGCUAAAAAUUUAACCGAUCCAGAAGGCGUGCAGAUACUGAACAGUUUAUGUCCAGAAUUAAGGGGUCAACAUACUUGCUGUUCGACCGAACAGCUGGUGGCGUUGGAUGAGAACUUGCAAACGAUGCUGGAGCUUACCAAUCGUUGUCCUGCCUGCUGGAACAACAUUAGGAGGUUGUACUGUCAGCUGACAUGCAGUCAAGAUCAGUCGCUUUUCACGAAUCCCAAUCUUGUCAUCCCAGUGUCUGAGGGGAGAGAAGCCGUUGUCAGGGUGGAGUACUUUGUAUCACCCCAAUUCAAACAAGGUCUGUUCGAGUCCUGCAAGGACCUAACCCUUGAGGGGUACACGAACUUAAAAUUGUUCUGUGGUACGAUAGGGUCAGAUGAGAAGCCUGAGUGUACCCCAGAAAGUAUGAUCCGUUACAUGCAAAGCACGGAAAGCGGACUGGCGCCAUACGCUUUUGAUAUCUACUUCCCUGACAUAUUGCCAAGAAACCUGUCGUGGAUGAACGAAACUACUUUCAAAUGCAACAAGCCUUUUAUCGAUCCGCAAUCGAACAAGACAGCAAACGUUUGUACCUGUCAAGACUGUGUCGGCUCCUGUCCGAGGCGAUUAGAACAGUUGAUCAUAACAUCCACGCACCCCACCCCGACAGGGUAUCGCAGGUAUGGAGACGGCAAGUGGAUUCCUUUUGGGCCAAUGUUUCACUUGGAACUCUUAAAUCAGGUACAGUUGAUACCUUAGAGUAUGAACUAACUUAAAUUAAGCUAGUACAAAAUUUCACGUACCCACAUAAAAUUUUUCAGAGGCCAGACCCGCGAGAAAAUUAACCGUCUUCAGUCUGAUGAUCCCUUCGUGCGUAAAAUUUGAACAGCAACUCUUUGUCCCUAAACGUUUCAUUUGACUCUGUAUAUUUAUGCAAACAGUAGUCUUAGGAUAAGAGCCGGAAACAAAUCUCCAUAUUGUAUUUACCAUUUUUUAUUUUUAUAGGCCCUAGAUCUUCAAAAUGCUAUCACAAACUUAAAAGUGCCAUUUGGGGAUUCCAGCGUUACCUUCGCGGACAUUUGCUUUAAACCGACGGGCCACCUACCUUUUGCUCCUAACACGACCGAACGAUGCGAAAUCCAGAGUGUCUUCCAGUAUUUCCAGAAUAACAAAACGAAGUUGAACAAAUGCCUUACUUCCUUAGGCUAUAAUUGUAGCGAUCCAAGCCUUCUUGACUUCAAAGCUGCUGACUUCCACGAUCACCUCUUGUCUUGCACGAGGUAAGAAAUCCUGCGAGCAAGUGCUUCUUUUUCAGCUCAACAAAUCAAACCGCGCAAUUCAUGAGUCUCUUCUUUUCAAACUUGAAACAACGGUUUGUUGCAUUUCGUUUAGUUUUAUGCUUUACCAUGGUGCUGCUGAUUCUAGACACUUUCAGAGGUUAAAUGGGGAUUUUCAAGUGUUUUAAAAAUGAAACCUUCAAAUUUGUCAGCGAAAAGAACGUAUAUAACUAAUCUAGUUCCCAGUCUUCUUUGCGCUAACGCCAGUAAUUUGGUGCGCAUGUCUCUUCGGGAACGGUCUCGUUCUGUUUGACCAAGACCCUUUCCGUAACAUACUUAGUACUUGCGGGUUCCCCACAGAUGUGUUUUAGUUAAGGUUCGCCUUUACCUUAAACAGACUUAAUUAUCGAGACAUAGAUCAGCACUGAAAAUUAUAAAAACAGAUUGACACCAAGAGAAUAUCAGUGAAUAACCUCUUGUAGAAACAGAUUGAUUUCCUCCAACUUACUCUCUUCUUAAAGUAGACUUGAUGGUGUAUUUCAUACAAAAUUCAACAUUAUUGCCACUUACUCUUCAUAUACUAGCUAACUCCAUUGUUUUUUUUUUUUUUUUUACAUAUUAGAUGUCCCUCGUGUUCAAUGGAUUCGCGACUCAAAGAACCUUGCAUCAGUGCGUUUGGAGGUGUUAUAAACCCUAAACUUGUAUUGGGUGGAUACCCGUACGAUGUAUACCAAAACGCUACAACCCUAAUGAUUUACUUUGCAGUAAAUAAUUACAAAGACGAAAGCAAGCUGGCAGAAGUAAUUACUUGGGAAAAGGCCUUCAAGGAGUUCAUGGCAGAUUAUGUAAAUAACACCGCGCACGCCAAUCUCACUAUUGCAUACUUUACACCAGAAUUGAGAUCUAAUGACGUUGAGGUCCAGUUUGACCUAAGGGCUUAGUCUAUUUCGUCAAUCGUUGCGCUAAUUACGAACAGGGCGAAGCUAUUUUUCCUUGAAACCGAACGGUUAUAGUUUUGACUUUCCGCGCGUCUUACGUGACUUGGCUUAAUCCGCUGCUCUACCUUAUGUAUGCAUCAGCUGGCUCUUUAUAGCUUGUAUCUUUGUAGCUGAUUAGUUGAUAUGGUGGUGUAGAGUAGUUUUUUUUUUCGUCAUCCAUGCUAAUCUUUAAAGUUUCCUUUAGAAGCUUUGAGUGAAACGACGGGGGUGGUCUUAGAGAAGUGAUCAACAAGUAUAUCUAUCCACCAAUUUCAAUACUGACAAUACCCAGCGAACAGUUUGUCGACACAAAAUCGUUCAAAGUGUGGAUUGUUAACUUUCUGUUUCAAAAAGAUUUUCUGAACUCAAGUACAAACUAGAAAGAACAAUUGCCAAGUUAUAGAAGUGCAUAAAUCGAAUGACCCUUAGUGUUUCAAAGUUAUAAAUGUCUAAAAAAUGGUUGAGUAAAAUCAGCGUUUAAUAGUGUUCAUUCUGUCUAGUUUUAUCAAUACUGUGCACGAUGGCAACGGUGAGCAACAUCUGACAUAUUUGCUGGUAUUUCUUUGUGUGGUGGAAAAUUCAGCAUUUAAUUCUUUUUUGUCUUAUGUACCUUAAAAAGCUUGAGAAGCCUCCCCACUGCUGUGUUUUGUCAUGUCACGCAAUGCCUUAUGGUAAGAAGAUAGCGGUUUACGUGACAGAACUGAACAACGUGUGCCACGUGGGACUAAUACAUAGAUAUGCAAUACAUAGAAUGUUGUUUUUUCAUAGGAUCUUACGACAAAAACUAAAUCAAAUUUCCUUAACAAUUUUGAACAAAAUCGGAUUUUAUAAUCCAUCAAAUAUUUUUGUUCGCGUGCGAUUGGUCGAAACGCAUCCGAAGAUAUCACCCAAGUGAUAUUGCCCAAUUUUCAAACCUUACGUCCAUUAGGAUCAGUCUUCGUUUAAAAAUUAAUUCGAGAUGGGAAAGCGUUUUAUGUUAGUUACAGAAGAAGGGAAUUAUUUGUUUGUUCAUAAAGUCGAACCAGAAAACACUCAAAAGAAGAAGUCCCAUACAGCAAACAGUAAACUGUUCGUAAAAACUUUUUGCACGUUCGUUGCAAAAUAUUUGAAGGAAAAUAAAGACGAUAGCCUCUGUCUUGCGCUAAAAUAUGCUCGUAUAUUUUUCCUUUGACUUUGUUUAUUCCUCGAAGCUCUCGGGAAACUUUCCGCAUCUUGGAACAGAUCAUGUAUGCGGACAAAUAUUCGUGCAUAUCUUCGCGCCAAAUAGAGGCUAUUGUUGAUAUACAGAACAUUGAAAUGUUGUUAUACAAUAUUACCAACCUCUCAUUGCUCAUUUAAAUUUUUUUGCAUGUUUAUUAGACAUGAUUUUCAUGAGCGAUCUCAUAUCUGUGAGCCAGUCUCUUAGUCAGGAGCAAAUUCAAUAUCAUUUUUUUUUUAAUGCGGUACAGUUUUUGUUAGUCUAAACGGAUUUUUAUCUUGUUGUGACAAAUGAUCUUGACGGGUUUGCCGCAUAGAGUUUCAAAAAAGGAGAGUCGGUCCCAAUUAAAAACAUCUUUUUCUUUGAAAAGCGGCAAGGCUUUCUUUCCACACUGAGUACCUUGGGUGAUCAUUCGCUUGCGCAAACUAUAUCAAAACCCUCGCACACGGUGAACUGCUACGCGACAAAUAUUUAUCUGCUCGGUACGAAAUUGCAGUUUGAGGCGAUCUAUAGCUUGCUAAUGAAAUAGCUAAGCUUUGCUAAGAACUGAACACUGUUAUCCUGAAGGUCACUUAUUCACUGAUUUCAAAACACGCGCCCUAAUUGCAAUAUGAAUAAAGGGGUGUAAGCUUUUUAAAGAAAUUGUGGUGCUGCGUCAGUGGGAGAGUAUAACAGGGUAAUUUAGUAUUACCAACUGAGUCAAUGACGUAAUUUGGCCACCGCAAAGAGUUUAAAAGCAGACGUUUCGAG